AGCUUACCAGUCCCAUUUUUUGUUUUCCGAAGAACACAGGUGUCCAGCUCCAGUUGAGGAGCAGUUGACCACCGUACAACGCCAGUGGAACAACAGCAUCCUGUGAAACCGCCACACUCGGUAUAGACGAGGUACGAAGCGUAACCCAUGCCGCUGUAUAGUGCUGUCCAAGCAGGGCCAAAGAGCCAUGACGGUGGAGUCCAAGAUGGCUUCUUCAACGUCUGGUACCACGCUUUCCCAUCAGGCUGUUUGACCUUGCCACUCAUCGUGAGCGCGCCAACCCAACCGCCAACAUUGGGCGUUAUUAUGGCCCCAAUCAUUCCCCAGUUGACCAUUGUGCCUAUAUAAAAAAAAAAGUUAUUGAUAUAGACAUUAGAAUGAUACGAUAUAUUAGAAAUAUAAAAUAGUUGUUACAUUGACGAUACGGAAACAUGCAUCUUACACAAAACGGAACGAUGCAGUCAUCUGACAAUAGUGACAUUACGUCACUAGGUAUAAUGCUACAAAUUUGAAAAGCCCAUUUAGCCCAUUAUUUUCACAAACUUUAUUCUACUUCCAUCAUUUCUUAAUUUUGUACCAUAAUAUUUGUUCCGGGUAGCUGAUUUCGGUCUUACAUUUUUGUUUUCACAUUUACGAGACGUUUUCUGCGUUUACCACCAGAUUUUGGAAUAUAUAACACAAGCCAGUAAGUACAAGAACUUUUUACAUCAAUUGUGUCUUACCUUUCUAGAAUAAUACCGGUUAAAAUGUAAAUAAAUUGCGUAAUGGAUACGGGAGACUCACUCACUCACGAAUAACUUAACUACAUUGGAAUUUUGGCUCAAUCAUUGUUGAUAAUAGCGAAAAUUACGUCACUUACUCAAAAUUAGGUGUCCAAUUACUAUUGCUGGUGAGUUUUGUUUAAUAUUAUCUAAUCAAUCGGCGACACACGGACUUUAAUCGAUAUUUUGUGAGCGAUUUCAGUUUAUUAUCAUUAAUUUAAAUUGUGAAUAGCGGCGUACACGGUAUAAGUACUGAUUUGUUAUCUCAAGUGUCUGUCGAAAAGAAUUAGUAAGAAUGGAGUUGGAAAGCGUACAAGACUUCGUGAUGGCAAACUGGCCUGCUCUCGGUUCCAUUGUGUUGCCCAACCUGGGUGGAUGGGCCAACGGCCUGUACUUCGCUGGCCAGAUCCGCAAGGAAGGUGGUGACAAGGCAUGGUAUGAUAACCUGAAGAAACCCAGCUGGAACCCCCCCAAGUGGGUGUUCGGCCCAGCCUGGACAAUUUUGUACAGCAGCAUGGGCUACGCUUCAUAUAUCAUCUAUGAAGAGUGUGGAGGAUUCCAAGAUGAGGCAGUGUUGCCCCUUUCGCUGUACGGAGGUCAGCUGCUCCUCAACUGGGCGUGGACUCCCAUCUUCUUUGGAAUGAAGGACUUCAAGCUGGCCUUCAUCGAGAUCUCAGUACUGUCAGGCGCUGCGCUGGCAACGACUUUAUCCUUCUUCCCAAUCAGCCACAAGGCCGGGUACCUGAUGCUGCCGUACCUGGCGUGGUUGGGCUACGCUAGCUCCCUCUCCUACUACAUCUGGAAGAACAACCCUAAGGUCGAAGUUCGUGAAAUCAAGGAUGAGAAGGCGCAGUGAAGAACACAAAUCAUCAAUACUAAACGCUUAAUAACUUAAUGUUUCCUUAAGUCUACGAACAAAAUGUGUUCUUAGUUUUAGAUGCAUAUUACACGCAAUAAGUGCAAUUUCGUUAUUUUCUAAGUAAUGUUUAGGGUGAUAGCUUUAUGCUAUUUGUAAGGUAAAUGGGUAAGGUGAGAGUGAAUAAGACCAAAGUAAAAUUG